AUGACUUCGUGGUUCACGAGUCCCACACCAUACCGCCUGAACGCCGCAAAUGCCUUGUCCGCAGGAUUCGGAGGUCUGAAGGAGAGGAGAUAUGCCUCUGCGGCCAUGGAGCUGCCUAUGAUGGCCUUGAACGGCCACACGUCACACCCAGACUUUGCCCACCUGGUGCUGCUGGUCUUUGAAGCAGUGCUGGAAGUGGUAUGCGUCAGUCUGCCGGGCUACAUUGUGGCCAGACGGGGCAUGUUCGACGGCGAGGCUCAGAAGAUGGUGGCCAACCUGAACGUCCAACUCUUCACGCCGUGUCUCGUCUUUACCAAACUCGCCUCGCAGCUCAACGCCGACAAGCUCGCCGAUCUCGCCGUCAUUCCCGUCAUCUUCUGUGUGCAGACGCUCGUCUCAUGGAUCUGCGCUCGUCUCAUGUCCAAGGCCUUUGGUUUUGGCAAGAGACAGACCAACUUCGUCAUCGCCAUGGGCGUCUUUGGAAACUCAAACUCGCUGCCCAUCUCGCUCGUCAUCUCGCUCUCCAAGACUCUCAAGGGUCUGCACUGGGAUCGUGUCCCGCACGACAACGACAACGAAGUCGCCGCAAGAGGAAUCCUGUACUUGCUCAUCUUCCAACAGCUCGGUCAAUUGGUCCGCUGGACCUGGGGCUACAACGUCUUGCUUGCUCCCGCCAUCGAGGACACCAAGGCCGCCGACGAAGAAAGAGACAACCUGAUCGAGGAGGGAAGAUACCGCGACGAUAUCGACGACGAUGACUUGGAGCAGGCCUCGUCUUCCACAAAGAAGACUAGUGGCUCCAUCUCUGGCGACGAGUCUCCUCGUACCAUCUCGUCCAUCGGCUCCGCAUCUUCCCACGAUGCCUUGCAGCCUGUUGAUGGUGAAGUCAUGGCUACACCUGCCAACGGAAACCUUGUCGGUACUGGCCCUGGCAACUUCUCCGGCAACCUCGGCCCUCGCCAGCGCUCCACUGGCCACAUGACACAGUUCCCCAACUACUCGACUGGCUCAACCGCUGCUACCGAAGCCCCUACUGGCAUCAAGGCCAACAUCUCACGCUUCUUCGCCAGCAUCCGUGCCUCGAUCAAGCAAUUCUUCAACAACAUGUUUGCCAAACUCCCUCCUGGCUUGCAAAAGUUCCUGAGCACCGUCUCGCACUACACCACUCGCUUCGCCUGGGGUGUCUGGGAGUUCAUGAACCCUCCUCUCUGGGCCAUGAUUGCCGCUCUGAUUGUCGCUUCCGUCCCUCAACUCCAACACACCUUCUUUGCCCCUCACACCUUUGUCUCCAACUCCGUUACCCGCGCAAUCCAGCAGAGCGGUGGUGUCGCCGUCCCUCUGAUCCUAGUCGUCCUAGGCGCGAACCUCGCCCGCAACACCCUCCCACAAGAAGAACUCGUCACCACUCCUGAGGGCAAGAAGGAAGAGCGCAAUCUCCUCAUCGCCGCCCUCGUCAGCCGUAUGCUGCUCCCUACCCUCAUCAUGGCACCAUUCCUCGCCAUUUUUGCCAAAUACGUGCCUGUCAGCAUCCUCGACGAUCCCAUUUUCAUCAUCGUCUGUUUCUUGCUUACUGGUGCUCCUUCUGCCCUUCAACUUGCCCAGAUUUGCCAGCUCAACGGCGUCUUCAUGGGCGUCAUGUCCAAGUUGUUGCUGCAGAGUUAUGUGGUCUGGAUAUUGCCCAGUACACUUAUUUUGGUCAUGCUUGCUUUGGAGGUUGUCGAGUGGGCUGCCUGA